AUGACAAAUAAUAAAAAUAAUAAGGCCAUUCAUAGCACACAUGGUAAUGAAAGAUAUAAAAUACUGCCAACAAUUGUCUCGCCCACGCCAAUUUUGAACCGGGGGUAUGAACCAAACACAAAUAUUUUUGAUUUCACUAUAGAAAAAGUUACUUUGGCUCCAGAUGGGUUUACUCGUCAAUUAUCAACCGUUAAUGGACAAUAUCCUGGACCAACCAUAGAAGUUAACAAAGGAGAUCGUAUUGUGAUGAAAGUUAAUAAUAAAUUGGGAGAACCAACAGCUAUUCAUGCGCAUGGGAUGCUUCAAAGAGGGACUCCUUGGUUCGAUGGAGUACCAUGGAUGGCUCAAUGCGUUAUACCAGACGAUUACGAAUUCACCUACAAUUUCACUGUUUCCGACCAAGUUGGCACUCAUUGGUAUCAUGCGCAUGAAACGAUGCAAUAUGUUGAUGGAGCUUUUGGCGCGUUAAUUAUUCACGAUCCUGAUGAUCCGUAUAAAGCGGAAUAUGAUGAGGAAAUUAUUGUCAUGUUGAAUGAUUAUCAUCAUACCAAUGCACAAGUUUUAUUAAAACAAUUCUUAACUCCUGAAAGUAAAGGAGUAGAGGUAAGAAAGAUUGAUAUAAGUACAAAGGCCCCGCCGGGUUCUAAAUGUGUGGACAAUGCCGGUCUUGCUAAAUUUGAAUUUGUUCAAAAUAAAAAAUAUCGCCUUCGUAUCAUUAAUACUAGCGCAUUUUCGGCAUUCUUCUUUUCUAUUGAUAAACAUGAAAUGGAAGUUAUAGAAGCAGACGGUGAAUAUACUAAGCGAAAUACGAUCCAUCGUCUUCCCAUCAAUGUCGCCCAAAGAUAUUCUGUUAUUGUUACUGCAAACCAACCGGUCGAUAAUUAUAUAAUGCGUUCUGAAUUUCAAAAGAAAUGCAUGCCAGAUGCUGCAGCUAGUCUUCCUACUAUUAAAGCUAUAGUACAUUAUGAAGGAGCCCCCGAUGGUCCUGAACCAAAAGACAAUCCAUGGUCUGAUUCCUUGACAGAAUGCGUUGAUCUAGAUCACAAGACUUUACAACCACUUAAAGAAGAAAAGAUUCCCGAACCAACGAAAAAAUUGGAACUCAAAAUUGCUUUUCAUAAGAAUACAACAGGAGUUGUUAAAGCUUUCCUUAAUGAAUCUUCUUAUAUACCCGAUAUAAAUUUUCCGAGUUUAGAUAAAAUCUUUAAAGGACAACCAAUUAACGAAACUAGUGCAAAUGCCUAUGUUUUUAAUAAAGAUGGAGAAGUAGUUGAUAUUUAUUUCGUCAAUACUGACGAUGGCGACCAUCCGUUUCACAUUCAUGGAUACCAAUUUUGGGUACUUGGAACCGGAGAUGGAGAUAAAGUUGAUGAAAAUAAUUUGAAUACACAUAAUCCAAUCAAGCGUGAUACUACAACAGUACCUGCCUCAGGAUGGAUUGCCAUCAGAUUUGUUUCCGACAAUCCUGGAUGGCAUUUGGAAUCUGGUCUUUUGAUGCAGUUGAUCACACUUCCAGAUGAAAUCUUAAAAAUGCAUCCUCCGAAAGAAUGGACCAAAUUAUGUGAAUUAGGUGAACGUUAG